AACACAUGAUGCCAUGAGAGUUAUUAUAGUUGGUCAAAACACAUACUCGCAUUGUGCUCAAACUGUCCUGUCGAUCGCAGUAAAAUGAGCUUCAAGAACAAAGUAGUGUUAGUAACUGGUGCGAGCUCAGGAAUUGGUGCCGCCACUGCCGUCCUCUUUGCCAAGGAAGGGGCUGACGUGGUCAUUGUGGCCCGAAAUGAAACCAAAUUGAAGAAUGUUGCACAGGAAUGCGCAAAAGUUGGAAAAUAUCCACUUGUUAUCAAGGCUGACGUGUCAGAUGAUGACGAUGAUCGAAGAAUAAUUAAUGAUACAAUUGCAAAAUUCAACAAAUUAGACGUCUUAGUUAACAAUGCAGGCAUCUUAAGAUUUGGACCGAUUCUAGAUGGGCAAAUAACAGAACAGUACGACGAAAUCAUGAAGACUAAUGUACGCUCUGUAGUGCGACUUACAAGCUUAGCUGCGCCAUAUUUGGUUAAAACUAAGGGCAAUAUUGUUAAUGUCUCCAGCGUUGCUGGAUAUUCAAUCUCUGAUAAAGCUGCAGCAUAUUGUACAUCGAAAGCGGCUUUGUCUCACUUCUCUCGGGCUUCAGCGUUGGAACUGGCGUGUCAUGGAGUACGAGUGAAUGCUGUCAGCCCAGGUCCCGUCAAUACAGAUAUAUUUGCUAAUUCUGAUACAAUAAAAACAUUUGAGGACUUUGGUGUUAAAACAGCCUUAAAUAGAGUAUCUGGCCCUGAGGAGAUAGCAGAUCUAAUUUUGUUUUUAGCCAGUGACAAGGCUAAAGGUAUAACUGGAUCUGAUUAUGUGAGCGAUAAUGGAUAUUUGCUAUUAAAGUGAAGACCGCGUCUUGAGGAAGUUCCAUAAUGUUUUUGAUUAAUUUGUUAAUCGCACUUAGCUUAUUUGAUUAAAUGUAAUUUUAUGAACAUUAAAA